AUGCGAAUACCGGCAGCCAGCUCGCUGGCCAGGCCGUGCCUUCUCCGCAGCUGCAGGCCCAGAACGCUGUCUUCCAUCGCAGCCAGCCUCUCACGAAAUCAUCUCAAAGCCUGCGCAGCGAGACCGUCAAGGAGUUACGCCUCCAUCUCGGCAGCACAGCUCCAAUUCGGGCAGCCAGUGCAUGAGACACACCCUCACGUCCUCAAGCCCGGUGAAUUAACGCCCGGCAUCACCGCCCAAGAAUACUUCGACCGCCGCGCCCACCUCGCACAGAAGCUCCCCAAGGAUGGCAUCGCAGUCCUCCGCGCCGCCGACAUCAAGUGGCGCUCCGGCGCCGUCUUCUACCCCUUCCGACAAGAAUCCAACUUCCUCUACCUCACGGGGUUCAACGAGCCCGAGGCCAUGGCCGUGAUCCAGAAGACGGGCGACGACUUCGGCGACUUCAUCUUCCACCUCUUCGCACGGCCAAAAGACCCCGCCGCAGAGCAGUGGUCCGGGCCCUGGAGCGGCCUGCAGGCCGCCGAGGACGUCUUCAACGCCGACCGCACCGGCGACAUCAACAAGCUGGACAAGCACCUGUCGCCGAUCCUGGCAGGCGCAGCCAGGAUUUACACAGACAUCGAGGUGCGCACAAAGGACGGGCGGCUGACCUCCUUCGGCGACGCCGUCUUCCAGGCGACGGACCACAAGGUGGGCAUCGACCGGCUGCAGCCGCUGCUCAACCAGCUGCGCGUGGUCAAGUCGCCUGCCGAGGUGGCCAACAUGCGGCACGCGGGGCGGGUGUCCGGACGGGCGAUCACGGAUGCGAUGCGCCGGCCCUGGGCGCGCGAGCGCGACCUGCAGGCCUUCCUGGAGCACGGCUUCGCAGGCGACGGGUGCGGCGGCCCUGCGUACGUCCCCGUUGUCGCGGGCGGCAGCCGCGCCAACAUGAUCCACUACGUGCUCAACGACGCGCGGCUGGACGACAACCCAGGGCAGAUGGUGCUGGUUGACGCGGGCGCCGAGUACGGCACAUACAUCGCGGACAUCACGCGCACGUGGCCGGUGGCAGGGAAAUUCACGCCCGCGCAGCGCGACCUGUACGAGGCGGUGCUGCGGGUGCAGCGGGCGGGCGUGGCGCUGUGCCGGGCCGACAGCGGCCUCACGCUCGACGGCGUGCACCGCGCGACGGAGCAGGCGCUGCGGCGGGAGCUGGCGGACCUGGGGUUCGACGUCGGCGCCAACGGCAGCGGGCGGCUCGAGGCGCUGUUCCCGCACCACGUCGGCCACUACGUCGGGCUCGACGUCCACGACUGCCCCGGCUACGGGCGCAACGUGCCGCUGCGCCCGGGCCACUGCGUCACCGUCGAGCCGGGCGUCUACGUCCCCGCCGACGACGACCGGUGGCCCGCGCACUUCCGGGGCAUGGGGAUCCGGAUCGAGGACAGCGUGUGCGUGGACGACAAGGGCCCCAUCGUGCUUACCCCUGAGGCGGUCAAGGAGGUGGUUGAUAUCGAGGCAUUGAGGGAUUGA